CGAGGAAGUUGGUCAAUCGACGGUCGCCCAUAUUCACAAUGCCCCCCCGCACAUCACCACUGCAUGUGGCAGCAUGCUGUAGCCGGCUAUUACUGAGGCCGGCUGCGAACUCCCACACCCCGAGCCUCGUUUCCCUCUUCGCCGGCCUGACCAUUGGCACUCGACAGGCUUCGAUCCUCGCCAAUCUACGGGACAACAAGGGCGCCUACCAGAAGCGGAUCCGACUGGGACGAGGUCCUUCCUCGGGCAAGGGCAAGACAUCCGGACGUGGUCACAAGGGUCAGAAGCAGCAUGGCAAGGUCAAGCCAUGGUUCCAGGGCGGCCAGACGCCCUUGGUUGUACAAAGAGGAAAGAUGGGAUUUGAGAAUAGACGCGCACCCGUCAUGUCAAAGGUCAACCUCGACAAACUGCAAGAAUGGAUCGACGCCGGGCGGAUCGACCCGACGAAACGCAUCACGGUCAAGGAGCUCGUCGAGUCGCGGCUCGUGGGCAGCAUCAAGGACGGCAUCAAGCUCCUGGGGCGGGGCAAGGAGGAGCUGCGGCAGCCGAUCGACAUCCUGGUGUCGCGGGCGUCGACGUCGGCCAUCGGGGCGGUGGAGGGCGCGGGCGGCAAGAUCGUGACGCGGUUCUACACCAAGCAGUCGAUCCGGCGCAUCCUGGAGGGCAAGAGCGAGAACACGGACAAGCCACUGCCCGUGGGCGCGGAACACGUGCCGGGCGUGCUGGCCGAGAUGCGCAGCAAGGGGUUCCCGUACCGGUUGCCGGACCCGACGAGCCGUCGCGACAUCGAGUACUACCGCGACCCGGCCCAUCGGGGCUACCUGAGCCACUUGCUCAAGCCGGGCGAGUCGCCUAGUUUGUAUUUUAAGGUUCCGACAGUUUCGGAGCGGGUCGUCAAGAAGAAGAAACGUCCGGAGCAGGCGAAGGCUGCCGAGACCCUGUGGUGAACCAUCGGGAUCCGAGUUGAUAGGUUUCAGGGUGGUGGGCAGGAGAGGGAGGGAGCUGUAGGAGGAUUGUAACCAUCUGGGCUGUAGGUAGAGCGGAUGGACAUGUACAAUAUGGUGAGGAGGAGGAGGAGGAGGAGGAGGAGGAGGACCCAAUACUCUGUACAACAAAACAUGCCGUCUUGGAGCAAGCUAUGUUUCCUUGCGAAUGUAGCACUUUUCUGUUCACUUAUGCGACCUCAUCACACAUGGCCGUGUCCCUCUUGCGGCGGCAGAUUCCCC